UAGGUAUUCCAAAGACAGUAAAAAUCUUCAUGGUAUAGGGAAAGAGGAAUGGCUUUAUUCCAAAUGAGGUGAAAGCUCUGUGUAAAGUGGGUGUCCCACAAGUUCAUAUUCUAACAAAAACAGCGAAUUGCUGAUUGUCCUCGGUGCUCAUUUCGCCGCUUUCCAACUUAGCAAAUUUCUUUUCAACAGUUGAUUUCUCUAGUGUUUUCAACAGUGUUUUCCUUCAAAAUGCUUUGCUUUAUUAACACACGAAAUGCUUUAGGAUCCUUUUUUUGUAAACUAACACAAGUUGCUUCACAAAAAUGCUAUAUUCCAUUAAUAACUUAUAUUUAGAAAUCAUUUAGAUGAUAUACUUGUAGCAUAGUAGUAGUAUUAUUAUUGUGUCAGCCACAGUACAGCGUGGACGAGUCCUCUAGAUUUACCGCUCGUUCUUGUCGUAUUAUAUGAUAUAUGACGUUGAAUCGAAAGGCGAUGUGCGAACUUCGUAUAACGAAUUUUGUCUGCUUUCCCGUUAUCCAUACUUUUUGUUGUACAGGUGUGGUGAGUUUGUUGGUGUUGGGUUAUGGUGUCAUUAGCUGUAGUGAUUUGAGCCGUGUUUUAUUAGAAUGGCCAGGUUUUCCCGGGUAAAGUGGGUGGAGGCUUAACUCAUUUGAUUAAUACCAGAUGUGAAGUUUUGAUCUUUGCGAAUUGUGUAAAAUGUUAGGUUACUUCGGUAAUUAGUGCUUCCUUACCUGUUUUUAACUAAAAGAUGUGACUAAUGUUAAAUCUGCCAAUAAAAAGCGGAAGACUGUUAUUUUAAAUUAUUUAGCUUUUCCCCGUUGUUGCGUCAAGCGACAAAAUAUAAUUUAAACCUAAAUCUAAAAUUAAGAGAAAUGAAUUAUAAAAAAUUAUAAAUAUUGAAUUAAAUUAGUAUUGUAUACUUACCCUAAUAAUGUUAUAUAUACUUACCUUAAUCUAUUACUAUAAGUUAACAAAAUGAACUACUCACCUCUUUUUGUACAUACCUGUAUACUUCCAUUCCAACUGUUUUUUCCCGUUAGCUUUAAGAUUUAGGCUAAGUCAUUUAGUUGCUAAAAUAAAGAACUGAAUUGUUAUUUGACCGCAAUAGAGAACGCACGCGUUUCCCUUUUUUAUCGCAAAUUUUUCGUCGCAAUAUCCGUAAGUUCUAGUGUCCGGUACCAGGCAAUUGGUUGAAUUGUGAAAAGUGAAUGUUCUUUAAAAACAAAAAAGUAUUCAACAAACACGCAUCCCAAAACAAUUUAAACAAGUUUAUUUCUCAAAAACGCUUGAGAAAUUUCAUGGCGCCCGAGCAGGGACAAAUGCGUGAUUAAAAAAUUUUUUUAGUACUUAACUUACAAAAAGUGUAUAAACAAGUGAACUAAAUUCCUGUCGCAACCAAUUGCCAAGGUUAUCAUUUUCGGUUUUCGAUUUUCGGUUUUCGGUUUGCACGGUUAAGUGAAAGUGAUCGGAACAAAAGAAAAAAUAAAAAAAAACAAAAAACUACGUUUAAAAAAAAAAAGGAUUAAAAAUCCAAAUAUAUAUAUUCAUACGAGUAUAUGCAAAGUGCGUGCAGUGGAAACCUAUAAAAAAAACAUACAUAUACAUAUAUCUACAUACACAGUGCGUUCAGUGAAAUCUGUAGAAACAAAAAACUUUAUACCUACAUACAUAAUUGUAAAGUGGAGUGAGUGCUAAAAUACAUACUUACACAUAUACUUACCCCAGCCUAAAAGAGCAAAAAAAAAGGGAAGUAUUGUGGAGAGCGUGCACAUACAUAUAUACAUACGGUAAUAUGUAAAUACAUAGUGUGGAUUGCUAAAAGAAGUUCGUGAGAAAAAAUAAGAAGAAAAGGUACAGUACAAGGUGAAUAUUUAUGCGGUACAGUGGUGGGCGCAAAUAAAAGCUCAAGCCAAAGUUAAUAAGGAUAAUUACGUUAUAAUUAAACAAAAAAAAAACAGUUUUAUAGCCUUUCUAAAGUGCCGCAUAGUGAAGAAACCGGUAAGCUCAAACCGUUGUUCUUAAAACUGUUGCUGUCAUCACCGUUGCUGCCAUCCCGUUGCUGCUGGUAUUACUUCGCUGCCAUCACUUUGCUAUCAUCGCUCCGCUGCUACCAUCCCGUCGCUGUUGGUUUUCGCUACUGCGCCACCGAGGCUGUUGCUGUAACUCCGUCGCUGCUGCUGUCGUCGCUCCGCUGCUGCCAUCCCGUCGCUGCUGCUAUAACUCCGUCGGUGCCAUCACUUCGUUGCUGCCGUCUAUCCGCUGCUGCUUAAGUCGUCGUGGGAAUGAGCUGCCGCUGUAUCCUGUGCCAGAGGGACGUAAGCGCCGGCAAACAGCCGACGCACCAGGUUCAUUGGUCGCCGAGGGAUGCCACAGAAAGUAUUCAGCGACAACGCAACCAACUUUGUCGGCGCCGACCGCAAGCUGCGCGAGCUGAAGGAGGCGUUCCUAGCGCAAGCGCCAGAACUAAUGGGGUUCGCAGCCGAAGAAGGAUUCAGCUUCGGCUUUAUACCACCCAGGGCGCCGCACUUCGGCGGAUUAUGGGAGGCGGCCGUGAAGUCCGCCAAGCAUCUGCUCGUCCGCGCACUCGGCAACGCUCUACUCACGACGGAGGAGCUAUCAACACUACUGGCCGAAGUGGAGGCCAUUUUGAACUCUCGUCCCCUAGCACCGUUGGGACAGGACCCCAACGACGGAGAAGCACUAACUCCAGCGCACCUUUUAAUCGGUUGCCCUCUGCAAGCGCUGCCACCAGCACAAGUGCCAACGGACCCAAUUCGUUGCUGCGAGAGAUGGCAACUUGUUUGCUGUCUCAAGCAACAGUUUUGGCGACAGUGGUUCAAAACCUACAUGACGGGCCUUCAGGAACGCAACAAAUGGCUGCACCCCAAACGCAACCUGCAGCCAGGCGAUCUCGUCCUCGUCCACGAGGACAACGUGCCGCCACAGCAGUGGGUACUCGGACGCGUCGUCGCCGCCGUCGAAGGGCAAGACGGCAAGGUGCGAGUCGCGGAUAUCGCAACCAAGACGGGCACGAUUAAGCGCCCCAUCCACAAACUGGCUGUCCUUCCACUGGAUAUUGAAGGAAUCUGAUCCUGUCAAGGUGGCCGGUGUUGCGUCAAGCGACAAAAUAUAAUUUAAACCUAAAUCUAAAAUUAAGAGAAAUGAAUUAUAAAAAAUUAUAAAUAUUGAAUUAAAUUAGUAUUGUAUACUUACCCUAAUAAUGUUAUAUAUACUUACCUUAAUCUAUUACUAUAAGUUAACAAAAUGAACUACUCACCUCUUUUUGUAUAUACCUGUAUACUUCCAUUCCAACUGUUUUUUCCCGUUAGCUUUAAGAUUUAGGCUAAGUCAUUUAGUUGCUAAAAUAAAGAACUGAAUUGUUAUUUGACCGCAAUAGAGAACGCACGCGUUUCCCUUUUUUAUCGCAAAUUUUUCGUCGCAAUAUCCGUAAGUUCUAGUGUCCGGUACCAGGCAAUUGGUUGAAUUGUGAAAAGUGAAUGUUCUUUAAAA